AGCAAUUUAACCUAUUUGUGUGACAACAUAUUUUGCAUCAAAUACGAAUCAGGAAACAUUGCUGUCAAUGUCGCGAUGCUGCACUAUUUUCAAAAAUUCAAAAACGACAUUUCCAAAAAGGUAAACAUACAACAGAAUUAAAUUAAAGCGCGUUUCAUAUAGCUAUAUCUGUUAUACUGCUACCAGGUGAAGCUAUAUCAUGGGCCUCCAAGAAGAUUACGAGAGAUUCAAGAACUUAGGAUCUAAUAACAUAGGGCUGUAUCCUUCGUAUGAGAGAAAUGAUCGUCUUAAAGAUGAAUUUCAAAGAGAUUCAUCCAACAAUCAGAGGUUGUAUAACCAUGUCAAUAUAGACAGCUUUACACAAAGAUCACCAAAAGUAUCAUCAUAUGACAAACCAUUCACGAGUUCUCAAAGGCAUAGCCAUCAAUUUCAAUCAUACAAUAAACCAUUUGACAUUUCUGAGGAACCAGUUUUACUGAAAACAGGAAAGCCAUUGUACCAUUGGCAGCCAAAACCUGUUACUGAUCAUUCUGCUGUUAACUAUUCAAAGGCAUUUGAUGAUUAUGAAAGUACUACAAAGAAUAGACAACAUUACAAGUAUGGAUUAUCAUCCCCAAUAAAGUCAAUCCCUAAGUCAUCACCAUAUUCAAAAAUUCAACCUUCUAAAUUGUAUAAAGUUUUAAAUGAUAAUUCAACAGUGAGAAAUCAGAUCAAUUCAUUUCAAACUGGUCCCGUACUUGAUAAUUAUAAAAUCUCAAAGCCUCAUAAAUCAAAAGAAUCUACACAACAAGGUAUCUUAUCAAGAUUAAGAGGAUAUCUUAACAAUAUUGGUUUGCCAGAUGAAAAUACAGAAAAUCCAAACGUAUAUCAAACUAAGGUAAAAGACAGAUUGAAUAAGAAGGUAUCAUUCGAAGACUCAGAUCCAGCAUAUGCCAGAAUUUAUAAUCGUUUCAACCACAAUUCAGCGGAUUUAGAUAAUGAUGAAGUAGAUGAUACCAUACAGCAAACCAAGAAAUUAAGUACAUUACUAAGUAAACAACGAGAAGAAGUACUAGAAAGAGAAUUGAAUGAUAUGAAAAGAAAGGCAAGUGAUGAGAAAGAUAGGAAUGAAAACUUGAUAAGGAGGCAUGAAGAUGAAACCCACAGUCUACACCAAUCAUAUAAAGAGAGAAUUGAUCAUUUAAAUGGAAGAAUAGCUGAUUUUAAGGUUGAACUUGACAGAACUUCAUAUGAUAGUGAUAUCAGAAAAGAAUAUGAAACGUUAAAACGUCAAAAUCGUGAAAAAGAACAACUCAUAUCAGACUUACAGAUAGAACUAGAAACUAUAAAGUCACAACUAUCCCGUCGUGAACAAGAUAUUCAAACCAUACAAAAAGAAAAUAAAACUAAGAGAAAUCUUAAACAGGUAAAGAUGAAGAGAGAAAGUGUUUCUAAUGAGUUAUUGCUUGAAUCUAAGCAGAUUCAAUUAAAGAUUGAUAAUUUAGAAGCUCAAUAUUUGAAAUUACGAAUCGAUGCCAAUGUCAGUUUACCUUCCUUAAUCAAAGAAAACAUACUAGAUUAUGAAAAGACCAAACGAGGUAUAGAGAAAGCAAUUGCAACUCUCAAACAGAGUAAAGGUAAAAUAGAUAAUAGUGAAUCAUCUCAAAUUAAAUCAUUCAUUGACAGUUUAACUGAAUAUUUAACCAGCUCAAAAGUGAAAAACGAAGUCAAAUUAGAGAGCCUUGAUAAAAAGAUACUGUCUACUGGGAAUAACAAGGAAUCUGUUAUCGCUACCGCUAAGUUGUUAAAGAAGAAAUUCAGUGUUUUACUCAAAUUGAAAUCAUUAAAUGAGUUGUCCAGAAUCGCUAAUUCUUUAGAAGAAUAUUAUGAAGAUUCUUUAAUUCUAAGAAAAAUAGCAGACAAAGAAGACUUCAGUCCUUAUGAAUUGUAUGAAAAGAUCAAAUUUGAAUUAGAUAAUACCCUCUUGUAAGUAUAUGUAUUUUUAUAUAGUAUCAAAUAUGAUAAAGUACUUUUGUGGAGAUGCUCAUAUUUUUUUUUUUGUGAGUCGCGUAAAUAAAUUUCAUUUA